GUGAAGAGUAUGGAGAUAGACUACCAACAGAGGACUCGCAUGUCUCCUUAUUCGACGAAGACUGUAUUGAUCACGUGAAGGACAUGAGGUUGGAAGCAGAGGCAGUGGUCAACGAUGUGCUAUUUGCUGUGGCCGAAAUGUAUGUGUCCUCAAAUUUGGACAGUGCUUUGGCUGUGGCCUACAUAAACGUGGAAACAAGAGAGGGCAAUCGCUAUUGCCUUGAGCUUAAUGAAGCUGGACUAAGGGUGAGGGAUAUCAACAGAAUUGUAUUUGUGCCAUUAUUUAAUUUGUGCUGUUCCCACCCCCACCUACCGGUAUAUGAUUGACCACUCUCUAUUUGACCUUACAGGUGGUUGGCUACGCUUUUGACCAGGUGGAUGAGAGCUUGAGCACCCAAUACUAUGAGACUGUUUAUUCACUGCUGGAUACCCUCAGCCCAGGCUACAGAGAAGCCUUUGGGAAUGCCCUGCUACAGCGAUUAGAGAGGCUGCAGCAAAAUGGACAAUGAAAGACAAAAUGGAGCUAAUGAUGUGGAAGUGAAACAGGGGUUGUAGGGACAUCAAUUGUACUAUGCGAAUUCAAACAUAGCAACCUUUCUCAUCAGGUUAUUUAGCAGGCAUUUGGCUACUACUACAGUACUAAUGACCAAUUUUCAGAUCAAGCAAAAAUUGACUUUAAUACUACAAUAAGUGGUACCUUCUCUCCUGGGUUCACCCUGGUUUUCUGUGGGUUUCAUAUUUAUGUUAUUCACAACAAUGAUUUAGACCUGCUGCGUCAGUCUGUGACCAGGAUUAUCUUCUGUCAUCAUUCCCAUCAUCCCCCCGAUCUAACCAAAUUAACUCUCACACUUCAUUAACUGUGCUUUACCUCUACAUAGGUAGAUUGCACUUUAAGUAUGUUACUUAAUGAAAUUGUCCUCUGUCGUCCACUGAAAUAAGUCUACUUGGGCUUCUAUGUACAUCAGUGGGUGCAUGUCUCAUUGAAACAGCCAAAGAGAGAGAAGAUGUGGGGAUUUUAUAUGACUUGUUUUCCUAAACCAUCAACCACCCCCUCUGAUAUUAUUACUCAUAAACUGCCUUAACUAUCUGGGUUCGAUCCCAGGCUGUGUCAC